GCUGAAGAGGUUUCUGCUACGCUACGAUCCGCCGGGAGUUGGCCUUGAAGUGGAGGCUGAUGACCAGGUCACCGUCCAGCACAAGAACCUCCCGGCAAAGACCGAGGUCAGCUCGUCGAAGGACAUCCAUAUCUUGGUCGACCAACUUAUUGAGGCAGAGUCCGCUCUGUUGACCCGGAAACGGCACAGAGAAGGCUUAAUUCAGCUCCUGGGGAGGUUGUACCAGGUGGAGGUCUCCGCUGAGGAGGAGCGGCCUGAGGUGAAGGCUGAGGAGGCGGCGGAGGAUCCCAAGGAUCGCGAUGAGCUGCACGGGCAGUCUGUGGUUCUGACUGGCCUCUCAGGUUCUCAGCAGGCUUUCAAUGGCGAGGUCGCUGUUGUGGUGAAGGCACGUGGCGACAAGCAGAAGUAUGAGGUGGAAGUGAAGGGCCAGGUGGUGAAGGUAAAGGGCAAGGAGCACUUGCUACAGGUCUCCAGCAAGGGCUCCUUAGUAGCUGGUGCCUUCGUUGCCAUCCGGGGGCUUCGCAACCACGUGGAGCUCAACGGCUGCGUUGCACGAGUGGCAGAGUGCCAUGAGGAGUCGCAGCGAUAUGAGGUCCGAGCUCUGGAUAGUGGACAGCUCUUCCGCGUGAAGAAGGACAAUGUGAUCCUCAUCGAGACAACUCCACAGGUCUUGGCCGCGUCGGCUGCUAUGAAGGAGAAUCGGGAGCCCAACGUGUCACCCCGUAAGGAGGGAUUGCCACCCACCGGGGAGGGCGACGAUGUGCUCGAGGUAGGUUCCACCGUUGAACUGGUCGGUUUGAAGACCGCCCAGGCAUACAACGGGCAGCAGGCAGAGGUCCUUUCCGUAGAUCAAGUCCGAGGCAGAUAUGAAAUCCGACUUGGUGACGGCAGUGUGAAGACAAUCCGGGCUGAAAACGUGCGCCUGGUUGCGGGCAAGAGUCCAAGAACAAAGCGGGGCAGAGACAAACUAAUGUAG